GUUGUAAAUGCUUUUACGAAAAUACUUGUUACUCGUUUUUUUAGUUUUUCAUACUUAGGACUCAUUAGCAACUAAACGUAAAUAUACCUCAAAGGUACAGCUUUAAGUUCUGACGUCACUAGUUGGUGUAACGUUUAAAUACCUCAAACACAAAAGUCACUUUCGGAAUAGAUAACCAACCUAAGCGUGGUGGUAACUAAUGCAAUGCAAUGUAAAGCACUAAUGAAGCGACGCAAGACGACGCUGAACGUCCUCGUCCACGUCUCUCGUCAUUGCUUUCAAGCGUGCGUCCGUCAAAUGAUAACGAUGCUGCCUGUUCUACUGACGAUACAAUCUUAAAUGUUAUGUUUGUUUUUUUUUAAAUGCUCCCACAUGUGAGCCGCGAUAUGUAAUAAAUUACGGACGUUUUGGAGUAACUUGGUUGAUUGCCAGUAAGAGUUGUAAGAGCGCGCGAAUUGGUUAGUUUCGGUUCGGGUUGUGUUUAUAGUGGUGCGAAAUUAUGUGACCGAAUUAUGAAUACUGCAGACAGUUGUACAAGAACUGCUACAGAAGAAAUAAAAUUGGAAGUUGUCAAUAAUGACUGUACUAGUGAAGAAACAAUUAAAAAAGAAACCAAAAUAUCGCCUGUGAUAUCCUUCUUUAGAAAAUUUAGAAGAAAAGAAGCACCUAGUAAAAAGUGCUUGGUGGAAGAUGCGGAUCCUAUGGUACAGUUUUAUAUAAAUUCGGAACUUGAAGACCUCGAAACACCUCCGCGAAGUCGCCCAGAUAGUUUGGAAAGUUUAUGUAAAAAUACCAAAUUUUCUCAACAAGAAAUAAAACGUAUUUACAGAGGAUUUAAGGCAGAAUGUCCGACAGGGGUUGUCAAAGAGGAUACCUUCAAAGUGAUAUAUUCCCAGUUUUUUCCACAAGGAGCUAAUACAAGUCAUUAUGCUCAUUAUGUGUUCAACACUUUGGACCAUGACAAAUCCGGAAUAAUAAAUUUCGAGAAUUUCCUUCAAUGUCUAUCUGUGCUGUCUCGAGGAACUAUGGAUGAAAAGAUGCGCUGGAUUUUUAGCUUGUACGACAUAAACGGCGAUGGUUGUAUUACAAGGGAAGAAAUGACAGACAUUGUCUCGGCUAUUUACGAUUUAAUGGGGAAAAUGUCUAAUCCCAGUGUAGAUGACUUCACGAUAAAGGAAAGAGUCGAAAUGAUUUUUACAAAAAUGGACAAAAAUCAAGAUGGUGUUGUGACAUUCGAUGAAUUUUUAGAUUGUUGUAGAAGAGAUGAGUGUAUAUCGUCGUCGAUAAAUGUAUUCGAUUCAUCGAUUGUGUGAUAAUCUUGUAAUUUUAUUACGAAAGUUACAUUGUUACAUCAGAAUUUAAAUGACCAACAUGAAUAAGUGAUAGAUUUAUAUUUUUUAAUCUCCCCGUAUUAUUAUCCUUUGAUGUAUGAUAUUGUAUAUGU